AUGGCGAAGGGGGACGAGGAGGACUUCCGGGGGGAGAUCGAGGAGAGGCUGAUCAACGAGGAGUACAAGAUAUGGAAGAAGAACACACCCUUCCUCUACGACCUAGUCAUAACCCAUGCCCUCGAAUGGCCGUCCCUCACCGUCCAGUGGCUGCCCGACCGGGAGGAACCCCCCGGGAAGGACUACUCCGUGCAGAAGCUCAUCCUGGGGACUCACACCUCGGAGAACGAGCCCAACUAUCUGAUGCUUGCUCAGGUCCAGCUCCCCCUCGAGGACGCCGAGAACGACGCCCGCCAGUACGACGACGAGCGAGGGGAUCUUGGCGGAUUCGGGUGCUCUAGCGCCAAGGUAAUUGUGCAGAUCAGCAGCAGCAGUUGCAUGAUCCCUUUCUCUUCCCUUUUUACGCUUCUUUUUAUCAGUAGUUGUUUUGGAUUCAAUACGUAGGUUUGAGAGAUGAAAAGUGGCGUUCCGUAACGCCGAGAGGCCGGAGUUAGUUUUGCGGGGAAGAUGGAUAAUCGAGUUCCAAGACUUGUGUUUCAUUUGCACUGUGGUUUUCUUUUUUGCUUCCUUCUUUCGCCCGAUGUUACCCUAUGAUAAUACAGCAAAUAAAGGAACAACGGUGCAAAUGUGUGUGAGUGCCGUAGGAGAAGAAGAGUUUAGCGCUGGAUUGUCUUUGCAUUCACAUGGCCAGAUGGUGACUAUGAAGCGCCUUUGUCAUAUGUUUCCUGAUUGAUCUUAUUUUCCAGAUCAUCUUCAACAGUGAACAAUUAUAGAACUUAGGGUUUUUUCUUCGUUGCACCGGAAGAAUUCUGAGUCCCUGGCUGGUGUGGAGAUUGGCAUGGCCGUUCAGCUACUUCUAAGUAAAUUAAGCUGCCUCUGUGAUUCGUGUAGAGGUAGACUCGAAUUAGCAUAAACCUAAACACUUUACAUAACAUAAUGUAGAUUGUUUGCAUGAUUAAACAGACAAGUCGUGCGGAAAUAUUUAUAUUUUUAUGUAUCCUGAGACGAUUUUAAGCAAUUUUAAGCGCUUUGAUCGGAGUCUUUAUGUUGAAGAUGACAUCUCUUCAGUUUUAGUCAGGGACUGAUUUGUUCAUGCUCCCUAGGUUGGUGCAUCUUUUGGAGAAUCCUUACCCAAAGAAUUUGUAUGACUCUCCCAUGUUUUUCUAUUAGCCAACCAGUAGACUCUGUUAAGUUGGAUGAGCAGUUAGGCCUAGCAAAAUUUAUUAGAAAGAAUGUUAUGAUGAGAAGUCGGUGAUGAAACCUAUAUAUAUAGGGUAAGGUGCACGUGCCAUGUGUGGAAUUAAUUGGGCAUGGUAGGUGUUGGUUUGCAUGCUUCAGAUGAGGGGGAAUAAGUCCAUAUUGAAGAAAUCAGGAGGACCAGAUGGACAUGGGCUAAAUUGUUUUUAAGGGCAGAUCUCAUGGUUCUCAAUCUCAGAUCCAAUGUUUCUUCAUAUAAAGCUUUUGCAGGAAGAGAGUAAGUGGGGACAACCUGUACUAUUGACUUUGAACUGCAAUAUAUAAUCUUCAAUUUUAAUGUUGCUGAAUAUGAGUUUCGGAACAGUUGUGCUCAUCUUUUACCCUUUUCAGUUGAUUGUUAUCUCAUUUUUUAUUUACGUUUAUAAUGUCUCUUUGUUUCACUUUUUCUCUUCUUCUUUUUUCUUUCCACUUUUGGAUGUUUUGCUUUUUUAAAUCAUGUAUGGUGUUAUUUAAAAACCUUUAAAUCAUCUUUCUACUUUUUCCACCUUUUAUCUUUUUAAAACCUUUUAAAAGCUAUUACAUAAAAUAGCUUAGCUCGAGGCACAUCAAGUGGGGUAUUAAAUGGUGAGUCUACAAUCCGAUCAAACUUUUCACAUGCAUGUAGUGAACCCUAAAUACCAUCUCCCAUAUUAAUUCCAACUAGUAACCCUAGGCGGGAACACUGUUAAUUGUCAUCAUUUGUUCUAAUUGUGCAGCUUAUACGAUAAUGAUUGCUUUUGUUUUCUGUCCACAGGUUCAAAUAAUUCAACAGAUACACCAUGAUGGAGAGGUCAACAGAGCACGCUACAUGCCGCAAAAUCCUUUUAUCAUUGCAACAAAGACUGUUAAUGCAGAAGUGUACGUGUUUGAUUACAGCAAGCAUCCCUCAAAACCACCCAUGGAUGGUGCAUGCUCUCCUGAUUUGAGACUGAAGGGUCACAAUUCUGAAGGAUAUGGUUUAUCUUGGAGUAUUUUUAAACCAGGCCAUUUAUUGAGUGGUUCUGAUGACGCCCAAAUAUGCUUGUGGGAUAUCAAUGCAACUCCAAAGAAUAAGAUUAUUGAUGCUCAGCAGAUCUUUAAGGUCUCUAAUGUUCAUCAAUCAUCUUCCCUUCAUGAAAUUUUCCAUUUUAUCAUCGCGUUGGAUAAUUGUGGUCGUUAUGUAUCUAACGUUUUAGACUUCUAAUGUUUUAUUUUCCUUUAGUAUCCAAUUUGAUGUACUGUACUUCCUAGCCAAUGUAAUUGUUUGGGUAUGCUAUUUAUGAGAGAAUAUAUGGGUCCGAAAUUAAGUUCUUUUUCAGUGACACAUUUUAGUAAAUCAAGUUUCCUAAUUAUUUAAGUCACGUACAGAAAACUGUCUUUCAUGGGUCAAUAUAAUUUCUAAUAAUUUUCGAGUGCUUUUACUUCGAUUUUUUUUUCUAAAUCCAACUUUGCUUAUUCUCUCAACAGGAAAUGUCAUAACGUGGAAUUUUAGGGUUCUUCUUUUUUGACCGCAUUAUAAAUUAUGUUGAAUCCUAUAACCUCUAAGAUAAAUAGAGGCAAUAGAAAAUUGCAUGCUUUGUUAUUUUCCCCUUCCAUGCCCUUCACUGACCCUGGCAACAUCUUGCAUAGUUUUGAUCCUGAACAUGCGUAAAUUAUGCUUUUGUUUUUAAUUUUGCUAUCCAUCCCCUUCGCCAACUCUUGCAAGAUCUCACUUAAUCAUUGCAAGGUCUUUGGAGAAUAUGGAAUGAAAGUGCUACUGCAGAUUAGUUGUCCUCCCUAUAAAACUGUUUCUUUAGCAUUUUUUACCGACACUGGAGCAUAAAAAAUGCUUAUGUUCAAUCAAUCUUCACCAAUCACUGUAUUUUUUGAAGUAUAGAAAGUCCCCAAGUAUGCUAAACCUUUUAUUAAGUUAUAUAGGGGGGUAUCUAAAAAAAAUAAAAUAACAGUCAUAUAUAAUCUUUGCCAAUCAUCCUAUUUAUAAAAUGUAGCGAGUACCUGAUUACAAUAGUUCUAUUAUUAACUCGUAUAAUGCUCUUUUUCUGAAGUCAAAGGAUUUAGUGAUAAACUUAUUACUCUGCAAUCCGUGAAUACUAUCACUGAGAAGGAAAAAAUUCAUUUCCAACUUUUAUUCCAUGUGUAGGCCCAUGAUGGCGUUGUGGAAGACGUUGCAUGGCAUUUGAGGCAUGAGUAUUUAUUUGGUUCAGUUGGUGAUGACCACCAUCUAUUGAUAUGGGAUCUGAGGGCGCCCUCACCAACCAAACCAAUCCAAUCCGUUGUUGCUCAUCAAGGUGAGGUGAGUAUAUAAUGUUCAUACUCAAUCCUCCCCCUCUCCCUUUGUUCGGAACUGACGUAGGCUUCUACAUUCUCUAACUGAUUUCUAUGAGAAUUGACCAAUUAUUGCCCAGAAAAGCAUGAAUAAUGUGUUUAUCCAUACUUAUGUUGGAGGGUAAUAAUUUGCCCAUGUGUCUUCUUUUUCCAGGUCAACUGCUUGGCUUUUAACCCUUUCAAUGAGUGGGUCGUUGCCACUGGUUCAACUGACAAAACGGUUAAGCUUUUUGACCUCCGCAAGAUCAGCACUGCACUCCACACCCUGGAUUGCCACAAGUAAGCCUGCUUCCUCCAUUUUUCCUGCUGAUUAUCUUUUUUUAAUGAAGUUAAUUUAUUAAUCUCCCACUUAUCUUAGUCUCCAUAAAUGGGGAAUCAUUUAUUUAAUGCGGCAAUAGAUUAUAGUAAUAUCCAGUAAAUCGAAACCGUUAUAUGUUCGACAAAAAAAAUUAUGUUAGACUCCACAAAAUUUAAACCUUUUUUUUUUUUUUGUUUGAUGUAGCAAUAAACUAUGCUAGUCUCCUGAAAAUUGAAAACUUUGCCUAAUGUGACAAUAUAUUAUGUUAAUUAAUCUCCAGAAGAUUGAAACCUUUAUUUUGUGGAAUAAUGAAAACAGGGAGGAGGUCUUCCAAGUCGGAUGGAACCCGAAGAAUGAGACGAUCCUCGGUUCCUGCUGUCUCGGGAGGCGGCUCAUGGUCUGGGAUCUUAGCAGGUAUUUCUCUCAAGCCCAGCCUCCGUUGUUGGCAUUUCAUCUGAAAAAGAUGCCGUCUUAGUUUCGUGUUCUUCCUAGAGCUUUGACUAUGCUUGGCCAUGGUGAUUCUAACUGGCUAAGACAAUCUUAUCAGACUGUCCUGAUCUUUUCCAGACCAGGGUUGAUAUCCCAAUUACUUUCUUAUGUUAUAUUGCCUGAUUUUGGUGCUUUUUCCUUGUGAAAAUUACGUGGUUUUCAACCAAAAUAAACUAAACUAAUCUAAAAAUUUAGAAAAACAAGACUGGGGGGUCAACGGGCUGACUACGGGUCUCACCAUCGACUCCUCGCAGUGGAUUGAGCUUAAUAGGGUCAGGCACAGAGACCAUUGUCGGCCGGGCCUGGCCUGGCCCGUUGACUCCCUUGCCGUCUUCCCUGCAAUUGAUUUUUCUUGAGACCAGACAUGAAAUGCUGAUGCUUUUUGUGUUGGCAGGAUCGACGAGGAGCAGACACCAGAGGACGCAGAGGACGGGCCACCGGAGCUGCUCUUCAUUCAUGGCGGCCACACGAGCAAGGUCUCGGACUUUUCGUGGAACCCCUCGGAGGAGUGGGUCGUGGCUAGUGUCGCAGAGGACAACAUCCUCCAGGUCUGGCAGAUGGCCGAGAACAUCUACCACGACGAAGACGAUCUACCCACCGGCGAACCCGCGUCUACCCCCACAAAGGGCCCCUGA